AGCAAUUGGAUAGUAUCCAUAUUACGUAUGAAUGGAAUUUUACGGGUUGACUUUCAUGCAUUGGAGCUUCAUAAAAUCCAUUGAGUCAUUGCUAUUUAUUGAACAUCAGCUCGGAAAAGGGUUACAUAGUACAUUUUAGAAACCUAAGACCAUUUUCAAAAAUGUGCACCGUCUGGCAUAGUUCAGCAGUAUAGUCUCAGCUAUUUAAAUGUGGAAUAUGAAUAAUGGGGUUUAUUGAAUGGAUCAAUGAAUAGUUGGGUAUUUCACACACACAAACAUCCAUGUAUAGGCUAUACACUAGAUAUCAGUGGUCUGUACUUUUAAAAAAAAUCAUGUGGUUUUGACUCACAUUCAGUCAGUUGUUUGUUCCGCAAGAAAAUGAUGAACAAUUAAUUAAUCAGAGAUCAUGGAAGGCGUUCAUUAUUGAUUGAGAAAAUGUACUACCUGGACCCGCAGAGCCUGGACUACAUCCUGUUCUUCCUGGCCGUGGUCUCCAUCAUCUUCUUUGCAGCGUUCUGGAUCACAACCAUCAUAUCCCUCAUAGGAGCGAAAUGUGUUCUGUAUCGGAAGUCGGACCUGAUCUCCUACGACGAGAGUCUCUCGGGGGUGUCGGUCAUAAAGCCACUGAUGGGAGUGGACCCAUUACUGGAGGAAAACCUAGAGAGCCACUUUACCAUGAAGUACCCCAAUUUUGAACUUCUGUUCUGUGUGCCAGACGAUCAGGAUCCUGCCAUUACCUUGGUUCAGCGACUCCAGGAGAAAUACCCAAAUGUGGAUACCCAGCUCUUCAUAGGUGGAAAAGAGGGCAUUAUUAAUCCAAUGGUGUUUAAUAUGGCCCCUGCAUAUGAGAAUGCAAAAUACCCCAAUAUUUGGAUCAGUACCAGUCGUAUAAAAGCCUCAUCAGAUAUCAUUCUAGACCUUGCAUGUAAACUGAAGAAGCCAAAUGUUGGUUUAGUUCAUCAAAUGCCAUUUGUUACAGACCAGAAAGGAUUUGCAGCUACCUUAGAAAAAGUGUACUUUGGUUGUGCCUUACCCCGGUAUUACAUCGCCCUGAACCAGUUGAACCAGGCCUGUUGUACAGGGAUGUCUUACAUGUUCAAAAAGUCUGUGGUGGAUGAAGUGAAAGGCUUGGUGCAUUAUGGAAAAUACUUGGCCGAAGACUUCUUUCUCACCCAUGCCAUUCAUGACAAGGGCUACAAACUUGUCAUAUCAGCAUUUCCUGCACAACAGAAUGUGGCAGGUCCAACUGUCAAAGCGUUCAAGAAUCGCAUGGUCAGGUGGAUCCGCCUUCGUAUCAACAUGAUGCCCAUUGUCAGCGGCCUGGCUGAACCUUUGUGUGAUGUCAUCAUUCUCUCACUCCACUCAUCCUGGGCUUUCUAUCAUUUCCUGGGCUUCAAUCCAUACUAUUUUUUCAUCGGCCACGUAAUACUCAACUGUGUGCUUGAUUACAUUAAUCUGAGAAACAUACAGUGUGGACCAUUGCUGUUUUCAAAAUUCCAGUUCAUUUACGUGUGGUUUUUCCGUGAAAUUUUAUCCACAUGGACCUUUAUAGAGGCUUUUAUUCAACCGAGAACUAUAACCUGGGGGGCUAGGACAUACCAGGUUCGACUCGGGGGACAUACGACUCUGAUGAGAGACGAGACCAAAAAGUGUAAAUCCUAGCCGCCUAUGCCGAUGGAGAUUAAUUGCCAUAUCAUUGAAUUGUGUAUGCAAAUGAGUGUGGUACCCCAUAUUAGUGUGUGAAACAUGUAUAGCGCAAGUAGCAUGACAAAUCAUGGACUCAUUUAUAUUGUAUUACUGGGAAGAGUGAUGCAUCAAGAAUGCAUCAAAUGAAACGCAUUGAAUAUCAUACCGGUACAUACGGUAUCAUUUCAUAGAUAAUCAGUGGCAUUUGUCAGAGUGUCUCAAUGUAGUGUAUGUGUGUAUUUGAACUCAUUGGCAUUCUGUUUUGUUUUUUUUUACAAAGUUUCUAACUCAUUAGCAUAUCAGCAAACAGAUUUCGGAACCACAUUAGCAGCAAACGGAUCUGUGUUGGAAUCCAUUGGUUAGCAAUAUUUUGUUAUUGAAUUCAAUUGUUAUCAUAUAUAUUUUUGUACGUACAUGCAAAUCUUUUUAUUAAAUGUGUAAUUCAUGUUAUCUAAGGCCCAAAAAUAGGUAGCAAAACAAAUAAAUUCCAUACUAGUUUUUCGACAGCUGGUAAUAACUAUUUAUGAUUGAAAUUUCUGUUUUCAGCAGAUUAAUUUUUUUAUAUUGCAUAUAGCAAUAUGUUACAAGUCAUGACUCACUGAGUUAAGGUUAAUAUCAAAUUCAUUUGCAGCAUUAUCAUUAAAUACAUGUAUAUAAAUGGUGCAUAUUUGUUUAAAUCUCUCUCUUGGAACACAAAGUACACUCUAGUUUUGUAACCACUAAAUGUACAUAUUUUUACCAGUAAUUUAUGAUAUAUCCGUUGAAUUUCUUGUCAGCAUAAGAUAAUGACCACAUUGUCUCUUGCUCAAAAUUUUUGUCGUUAUGAUAUUUUGAUUAGAUGUUUUCAUAUUUUUUUUAAAAAAGAUAAUUAUAUAUUUUUAUUUUGAUAGUCAAUUUAUUUCUUUGUUGUAGAAUAAGUCUUCAUUUUGAAAGCAAUAAUAGUCCAAGUGCUUAAGUGCAAGUGUAGUCUUGGGGGGUUUGGACCCUUUCCCCUCCCUGGGAAAUUCAAACUUAAAAAAGUGCAUCCCCCCCCUCUCUUCCUCAGUAAAAAUUAAUGGAUCCAGGCAUGUAUGGUAGUGUCCUUUUAUUGAUAAAUAGGCAUUUUCCUCAGUUAACCAUUGCAUAAAAGAUCAUUCAGAUUGUGACCAAAAUAGCAUACCGUACUUAGAACAUUUUCCGUCUAUAGGGUCUCAAACACCUUACUUUUAUGUCUAAUUGCACAUUAAAAAGAGAAUGUAGAGUUAUCUAGCACGUUUCAUAUAUAUAUAGAGUACGUAGUGUUAACUCACUUCAGCCUCAUACAUGUGCAUGUCAACAAAUAUUUUUUUCUCAUAUCAUAAUACAAUAUAUUAAUGUUUUGUUUUUCUUUUUGGAAUAUUUAUCAUAUUAAUUUGUUAAUGUUUAUUUCAAGAGUUUUUCCAUGUCAGAAUUUAAAUACAAGCAUUGGUUUACUAGGCAGUUCGACGCAGUUGUGAUUGUUUACCGUUACAUGGUAAAACUCAUAUAUAUAAGAUUUUGAAUGAGGAAUGAAUCUUACUUUUAUAACAGCUAGUGCAUGAAUUGCCAAAAUUUUAUUGAAGUAGUAGUAUUAGUCAGUGGUUUAUAUACAUGUAUAUAAAAAUUAGAAAAUCUUACACCAAAGAAUAUCUGCUAUGGCAUCUAAAGAUUGAAAUUUAUAAUGGAAGGAGAGUUAUCAGCUUUACAUUAAGUUACCGGGUGGAUUUCAUGGGGUUUUUUUUGUUCUACACUAUUAAAUAAAGGAGGUCUUGCUAUGGGUUUGGGGAAAGGAUAAAACUAUGGCAUAAUAAUAAAUCUUUUUAAACUAUAGCUUUAGAGAGCUCAAGAAUUCGUUUGAUAUUUAAUUGUUUUUCCUAUAUCUAAAUGUGAGGAGUGAAUAUCUAUAUAUAGUUCUACCAGUUGGAUCCUACUGUUUCAUCGGUUUACCGUAAUUUUUUUUUUUAUCAGAGUAUAUGUCAUUGAAUUAAUCAUAUUUUACGAACAUUGUUGUUCACAUUUAAAAGUUUUAGAUAUACAUAACUAUUGAAUAGUACAUUACAUUACUAUGUAUGCAUGUAUUUAAGUUCCAUUGAAUUGUGAUAUUUAAAAAAAAAAACAGGGAGAUAUGCUGUAUUAUAAUCCAAUAUUUUUCUUAUGAUAUCAUUUGAUAUUUUUGCAAAAAGAGCUCUCAACAUUCCAUUUAAUGCAUGUAGAAUGAUGUAUUUUAUAAUGAUAUGAAGAUGAGAUAAAAAUAUAUUUAAGAAUUAUAUGCAUCAGUAGAUAUAUUGCUGUUGUGUGUACUUUAUGUAAAUAAAUUUAUCUAUUUUUAACAUUUUGGACAAUUUCAUGAGAAAAGUGUAAAGAGAUUUGCUGUAAUUUAAUUCAUAGUGAAAUAAGUUGAAGACAAUUUGUGAAUAGCAAAUAAAAUUCUAGAUUUUGUGAAAGA